CAGGUCGGUGGUCCUAAAUGUCUUAAAUACUAUGUCACCAUGGCUGGUCCCGACGUUUUGUGCGUUAGCAAUAGUAAAAUAUGUGUUGAAAUUAUAAAACGAAUGGAGCGAGAAGCUAGUUUUAAAUAUCAAAAAAUUACGCUACCCGAAGAACAUGCAGCCAAUAUGUUAUACAUCAAUGGUACAUUAGUACAUAGAUCACCAUCUGAAAUUCCAGAAUCGCACAAAAUUAUUAAAGAAAAGAUUGACAUUCCUACGCGCAAUAUUAAUAUUAGUGAAUUUAGCCAAUUUUCUUUGGGUUUAAGCUCAUCUUGUCUUCUGCUCAGACGUUGGAAGUCUAUACGCAGCAUUUAGAUUAUUAAAUAAAAUAAUUUUUUUUUAAGUUAAGAAAACAAAUCAAAGAUAAACAAAAUUUUAUGGCAAUAUUAAUUCUGGUUAACAAAAUUUUCUAUCUUCCGUAGUUCUUAAAAAAAUGUAGCUAAAUUGAAAUUUAUUAUUGC